AGCCCAAGAGCGCUAUGGUCAUUUGCAGACGUGGGGGUUUAUAGCGAGGCUUUGCGAAGCCCGAUGCAAGCUAACCUCAUUCCACGACCAAGCCGAGUGUUGAAAACCACGGACGUGUAUAGGCUACGUUUGUCAGCUGUUGCAUCAGCAUCCAUUCCGCUCCGCGGUCAGAGGUCAUCGCUCUCACGGCGAGGGGCGUGCGAAGGGGAGCAUGGGAUGGACAUCAUGGCCGCCUCUCCCACUUAACAACCUAUCAAAAACUGCGGUUUGUAGGGGAAGUGGGAGGGUAAAGGAUAUCUUACAAAAAAAAAAAAAUCCGAUUGAAUGCUGCUGCUGUCUGUGGGUCGCUCCACGCGGCGCGUGCUUGCCCCGUCACUAAGUAAACACGGCAUGCCGAUUCGCUAGAAGUAGGAGCACAGCGGAUGGUAGGCUCCCUUGACGGAACCGUGCCAGAUUUUAUAACCUCUCGCUGCUCUGUGUGUGUCCUCUGGACAGGUGAUCGUUAAGAAGGGGAAGAAAACAAAACCCAACCAUUAACUUGAAAAGCAGCGUGAAAUUCGAAAGUAAACGACUUGUACAUACGUGUUAUUCUUUUUGAUGUGUUUCCGGUUUCAAGGGAAGUAGCUGGAUUGAGCUUUUAAACACUAUCGUAUUGCGAGGUGUCACUCAUCUAUUCAACGGAUCAUACAGUGUCGAGUGUGUAUUUCCCCCCUCCCCCCAUUUCUGAUCCAGUCGUGGGAUUAACUGCGAGAAGUUCACCAAGCAAGGUCGAAACAGACAACCUGCUGCUUGAAGAGGUUAGGUCAAACUAAAUAUAGUAUUGACAAUGAUGUAGACUACUGCGAAAACUGUACAGGAAACCAGGGUUGUUGCACUAGCACAGACGAUGUCGCGGUCACACGACUGACUGGGACGCGGAUACGAAGCGGUUGACAGAGAACAAUGGAGUAAGUCACCGUUGUGUGAUAACAUCUCGAGAACCAGAAAGCCGCCUGCCACAUCAUCGAAAAUUCUGCUCGACGACGCUUGGUGCCAGAAUGAGGUGCGUCAGUCGUAGUGGUAGGUAGGAUGCGAGGAGACGGGCAGCAUCAUGGUGCUUGUCGGUCACAGCUAGAGGAGUACGUGAUACCGCUGAAAUGGAUUCCAGUGACAUCCUCAACAACAACGUGCCGGCACAAGAUGGACCUGAGUCCAGUCCCUACUUGGAUGAUGGGCCGGUGCCCAUGGAGGACGAAGACAUUCAUAUGGAAGAACUGCCACAUGACUGCAGAUCACAUGCAAAACUUGGUCACGAGCAUUAUCUUAACAAAUUCCGGGCAGACUGGAUUCUGUAUGGUGUGAUAGGAAGGGGAGUGAGCAGUACAGUACGGCGAGUGGUUGAAAAGAAAACAUCAAAGGAAUAUGCUGUCAAAAUCAUUGAUAUCAGUGGAGAGAAAGGAGAUGGAAUGGCUGUGGAACAGCUCAAGCGUGAUACCAUUCGAGAAGUCAACAUUCUGCGGAUGUGCCAUGGUCAUCCUAACAUCAUUGAGCUUCAUGACUACUUUGAAACGCCUACCUUCAUAUUUCUAGUCUUUGAACUAUGUCGUAAAGGGGAGCUUUUUGAUUACCUGACACAAGUGGUAUCUUUAUCAGAGAAAAGAACUAGAUUCUUCAUGCGACAGCUAUUGGAGUGUGUAAACUACCUUCACAAGCGUAAUAUUGUGCAUAGAGAUCUCAAGCCUGAAAAUAUACUCCUGGAUGAUGACCUUAACAUUAAAGUAUCAGACUUUGGUUUUGCUACAGUGAUAAAACCUGAAGAGGAACUGACAGAGCUAUGUGGAACACCAGGCUAUUUGGCCCCAGAAGUGUUGUCAGUUUCUAUGUAUGAGGAUGCUCCUGGCUAUGGUCUGGCAGUUGAUAUGUGGGCUUGUGGUGUCAUCAUGUAUACACUAUUGUGCGGGUCUCCUCCCUUUUGGCACCGCAAGCAGAUGAUGAUGUUGAGGUCUAUUAUGCAGGGCAACUAUACCUUCAGCUCACCAGAAUGGGAUGAUAUUUCUGAUGCACCCAAAGAUUUGAUUCGGCAUCUGCUGGUUGUCUCACCCAAGGAUAGAUAUACAGCUGAGCAAGCUCUCAACCAUCCUUUCUUCAAAAGAGAGGUGGAAAAAGCUAAGACAUUCUAUCCACGCCGAACAUUCAGGAUUGCAAUCAUUUGUCUGCGGUUUUACUUUCGACUUAAGUACUUUUAUCAUCAUCCUCAACCAGUGUCUGUGGAGGUAUUGGUGACAAAUCCCUAUGGUGUCAAGAACUUUCGCAAAUUGAUAGAUGGCAUCGCUUUCUGCAUGUAUGCACAUUGGGUCAAGAGGGGAGACAACCAAAACCGUGCCGCUCUCUUCGAACAUUCAAUGCGAGAUGAUUGGAAGACUUUGCCAUGUUUACAAUAACUUGCACAAUCCACAUCUUAAGAGACAUUUCUGAUUAUAGUUUUUUUUUUGUGUUGCUUUCAUAUGGCUGUGUAAGAAGGUCGGACUCGGCAAACUGAAUGAUGUUAAAUAUUUUUCUUCCAUCCCACACUUCAUUUUUGUUUUCUUUAAGGCUACUAGCCCUUCUGGCUGUACUUAUCUUUAUGAAAGCUCCCUGAAUUAAAAACGAGUCAUACUUUUAUUACGUGCUUUUAAACAAUAAAGCAUGGGUCUUUUUUUCCUUUGUUUAUUUUUGAGUGAUUUUAGUUUAAAAAAAUUCACUGUUACAUGAAUCAAUUUGGAGAUCUCAUUUACUGUAGCUUUUGUGAAAAAAAAUGUUUGGUUGAUACUUUUUAUCUUAUUAUUUUAAACUGGCUGGAAAAUAGGAGACUAAACAACGAAUUGACAUGAAUAAGGAGCUGGUUUACAACAUAAAGAAUAGAGAAUCAUGUUAAAGGUGUUAAAUCUGUGGCAGCAAACAGUGCAGGUGGAAUAAAAAGCAGUUUGUAACAACCCAUUUAAAGUUUGCUUAAAAUGAAUGCAAACUGUUCAUUUUUCCCCAUGCCCUAGGUUGUACAACCAGCUUACAUGCUUAUAGAAUGGUUUUACCAUAAAUCAACAAAAGCAUAACAAAAGUGUUUGGAUGGCUACCAUCACAACAGCGUUAAUGUUCACUAAGUCUUGUGGAUAUAAUUCCUACUUGUGAUUCCCUCACCAUUUUUAUAAAUAUUUUGAAAGUUUCAUCAUGCACAAAGUCACAGAAGUCUGCUUGAUGAAACCUGAUUACAUGGUUGUGUGUGAAUAUACAUUCACAUGCAGAAAUUUUGUGUACAUAUACAUACCUAUCUCUGUGUGUGCGUGGUAUUUAUAAAUGUAUGUGUAUGUGUGCAAAGGAGACUGCAAGAGGUGUUGGAGCACAGAAGACGUACUGUAUUUUCUUCCAUUGUUACACUUAUAAAAUAUUUUACAUCCAGUUUCUAGUUAAAAGACUAUGGUGAGUUUUAAGUUAUUGUGAGAUGUUUUUGCAUGACAUUCAUGGUUGUACAAUGUUCGCAGUUUUGCUAAAAACCAGGUUAGGAAAACUUUUUGUGGCUGAUUUCCUUUUAUAGAAGGUUCUUGUAAGGGAAGUAAUGGGAACUAUUUUUUACACUGAAUGCUAUACUUGGCAGUAUGCCUGUUUCAACCAGUGGUUUUGUUAGUGGAUGAUGAUAAUGUGGCAUAUUCUGUGAUAGCUUUCAGCUUGUAGAAGAUUAAUCUUUUGUGAUCCAGUUCACAUUUUAUUCAAAUUGUUGCUGAAGGAAAUGAAAAGGAUGGUUUAAAAUAUCCUUAAACAGUAUCCUGAGAUAAGUCAUCAGUGGAAUAUGCUAGAUUUACACCUUGAAAAGUGUGAUGCGCAAAGGCACAGCACUUGUUUGUAAUGCAGCUUUCUGGACCAUUUGAUCAGUUAUAGCAUGUCAAUGUCGAUGCAGAACACAUUUCAGCAGGAAGCACUAGUUUCAUGUGAUUUUUGUGUUGUCAGAACUUGACACAAAGUCCAUAAAACAUAUCAUUUUUGUGUUAGCAAUGCUUGUAAUUUUACUUUAGUGACACCGAUGUGCUAGACUUCUGUGGUAGUGUUUUUAAAGAGUUACCAUUCAUAGAAAGUUGCUUAAAAGAAAAGUAUAAUUUCUUAAAUUUUCAGUACUUUUCUGGAAGGUUUAGAUGAACAUUAUAAGGGAAGACCCAAAAUAGUAAAGUUGGUAUGUGUAUGAGUUGCCAUAUGAAGGUUUGUAUUUAGCAAUGGAAUUUAAAUGACCUGCCUUUCACAUACAUCAUGUCUGCAGUAUAACUUUAGGAACAUUAACAAAAGGGUCUGAAUGUUUUUGAGCAUUGAUGAAGUAUGGAUAAAAUCUGCUUUUAAAAAAAAAAUGCAUUCAAACAUGACAAUCAUAAAAAUUUUAUUAACCUCACUUGGGUAUAAAGAACAUUUUAAAUGGGAAUGUACCUACACUGCACAACAGAUUAGCUCAAGAAAGCUAGUGAUUGUUCGUGAAAGGGGGGGUAAAUUUGGUUUGGCAGUGCCCUUUACAUUUUAACUAAUCAUCAUCUUUUGAAACUGCUGCAUGAUUUGCUUUAGCUGGUUCCAAACUGUGUGCAUAGUUUUAUAUCUUUAAAAUAUUAGAAUAAUUUAUGCAAGUGUGCACACAUGAUUUAUAUACUCAAGCUUGAAAUGGUUUACACAGUUUUUCUUCGUGAUUUUUUACAAAAGGGUUUUCUUCUGCACAAAACUUAGCAUCUCAUGGAAGUGUACAUACUGCAAAUAACUUUCAGUUGACACCGGUGGAUUUGUGUGCAUUUGAUAGUGUAUGGACUGGUGAGAGUUUAAAUAAUUUGAGUGCUUUGAUUAUGCUGACUGGAUGUUUUGAGAUUAGAGAAUAGACAGUAUUAAAAAAAAAAUUUCCAUUGCUACAGUAAUAUACAGAAUCAUUACCACAACUGACCAGAGUUCCAAAAUCUUGCAUAUCAAAAAUGGAAAAUGUUUCCUUUGGCAGUGCUUACAUUAUAAUCAAAUCAUUUCAGCAGCACAAUGAUAUUUAUUAUAUUAUGUAAUGAAAUAGUUAUCCUUUCACAAGAUCACCCCAGAGUUCUCAUGGUUUGGUUAGCAUAGCCUUCUUAAGUAUUUUUUUUUUAAAAGAUAAGUUUCAAAGAUGGUUUUAAUCCAGAUUGUCAUUAUCCUACUAUGCCACUUUGUACAAACUUCUUGCACCUUCUCUUAUUUCGAGGAGUGGACUUAAAAAAAUGAACGCUCCACCUCCUCUUAAACACUGUGGUGCUUUUGAUGUUAAUAUCUUGGCCAUCAGAAUCCAAUGAAUGAUGUGCUUUUAUGUCAGCACUUGUAAAUGCUGAUAUUGAGAAUUGUGAAAGCAUAACAGAAAAUAUAAAAGUGUGCAAACUCUUAAAGACAAUUUCAAAGAUUUAGUUUUUGGUAUGAUAUUGGUUUGUAUCCAGAUAAGGAUUGUUGUUUUUCCCCCCAUGCUGGUUGUUUUGAGUAGCUAGACGUUAGGGUUUCUCACCAUGCAGGUUUUUCUUUUGUCAAAUUACAAAAAAAAAAAAAAAAGAGAAAAAUGGAUGUUCAGUAAUUUCAUAAGGUUUUUAAAGCGAUUGAGAUUUCAUCUUCUAUGGUCACUUCUCAUAUCAUACUCCAGCUAUGUUUUGUGCAGCUACUGCAAGAAAUAUUAAAAAUUUAAGGUGUAAAUUUGACCUAACAAUUUUGACCCUGUGAUAAGAGGUUCAUUAAUAUCAGCCUUAUAUCACGCGAAUUAGGAAUCCUCACCAGUGGCUACAAAAUCUCGCCAGUGAAAUGCUGGUGAUUCUGUAUAUGGAAUGGUCAACAGUCGUAGUGAAGCAAGAAUUAAAGCUCCUUUACAGUUUGCACCUGCAGAUUUGAAUCUCUUCACAGGUAUAGCUCAAUCACAUCAAUUUCAAACGUAUUGAAUGAGCUAAUAUUUCAUUUUCUGCGAGACAUUAGCAAAUACAAACAAUAUCAAACA